UUGUUGGGGCCAUUAACGUGGCGGCGAGUGAAGGAUGACCGCGGGCGAGCGGGGGGCGAGGGGCGAGGGGAGGGGCGCGGGGAGGAGGAAUCGUGCUGUUAUACGGGAAUAAUAAAAACUGUAGCCGCUGGAGCCGAAAACGUGGGCUCAGAACGAGAUUCAGAAGUAUGUUGUAACGGGACAUUAAAGGCCAGCGGUCUGUGGAUGUGGACGUGUGUUAUGAAGGGUAUGAGGGGUCAACGACCUCCAGCUGCCUGCCCGAAUGACAUCCUGACUGCCCAGAAGUACGACUGA